GACCUGUUCACCUGUGCCCAACCUGUUUAUCUCUGUUGCUCUUCUCCGGCGCGUCGCUCAAGGAUAUAUCCAAACCUCCGUCGUUUAUAGUGAAUGUUUGACUUUUAACUGGUUUCACGGAGUAAAGAUUUCAGUCUUCAGGCGCUGUUUGUGUUUGUUUUUUUGAUUCAGGUUUUUGAGUUUUUACUCACCGACUGCGUGGACUUCGACCUCGGUCAGCUACCUGUCUCAAACAAGGAAGUCCACAGUGUGCUGAGCCCUUUGUGACGGGCCAUUUAUAAAUGGUAGUAAAUGAGCUCGGUUGGGUAUUCUGACAGGUGGUUUGAUUCUCGAUGUUGAUCCUAUAACUUUGACCUGUGGAUACCUGAACGGGACAAAGCUGAUUCCUCCCGGCACAAGAUGAAUAUUUCUUUCCAGGACGUGGAUUCAUCAGCCGAAAAUAAUUCUAUUGUUCACCUGGAUGCACCAAUCCUCCCUGACAAGUCCAAUAUGACCAUUAUUCGAACAAGUAACGGGUCGAUCAUACAGGACCAGAUGUUUUUAAACACCCUGGCUGCACAGGCCCUCUCAGGGAUAUUUGUCUUCUCCGCCUUGCUGAUAACAUGCCACCAGAUCUAUACACACCUUCGGUCCUACACUGUUCCCAAUGAGCAGCGCUACAUCAUCCGCAUCCUUUUUAUCGUGCCAGUGUAUGCAUUUGAUUCUUGGCUCAGCCUGCUCUUCAUCAGCAAUGACCAGUACUAUGUCUACUUUGACUCUGUUCGAGACUGCUAUGAAGCAUUUGUCAUUUACAAUUUCCUGAGUCUGUCCUUUGAGUAUCUGGGAGGAGAGAGUGCAAUCAUGUCAGAGAUUCGAGGGAAGCCUAUACAGUCAAGUUGUCUGUAUGGUACCUGCUGCCUUGUCGGAAUGAGCUACUCCAUCGGCUUUUUAAGAUUCUGCAAACAGGCGACUCUCCAGUUCUGCGUUGUCAAACCCAUCAUGGCAGUCAUCACAAUCAUCCUGCAGGCCUUUGGCAAAUAUCACGAUGGAGAUUUUAAUAUAAAUGGAGGAUACCUAUAUAUCACAAUCAUCUACAACUUCUCAGUCAGCCUGGCUCUCUAUGCUCUAUUCCUCUUCUUCUUCGCAACAAGUGACUUGCUCAGGCCGUACGAACCAGUGCUCAAAUUCCUCACAAUCAAAUCAGUUAUCUUCCUAUCCUUCUGGCAAGGAAUGGUCCUCGCCAUCCUGGAGCGCUGCGGCGUCAUACCCAACGCGCUCUUCAUCGAGGGGCACGAGGUCGGCGCCGGCACGGUGGCAGCCGGCUGGCAGAACUUUAUCAUUUGCAUUGAAAUGUUCUUUGCUGCUAUUGCCCUACGAUAUGCCUUCACCUGCACCGUCUACCAGGAGAAAAAAAAUGAAGUGCCGGAGAACAUCCCUCCUAUGCAGAGCAUCUCCAGUGGUCUAAAGGAGACCAUAAAUCCAGGAGACAUGGUACAAGAUGCCAUCCACAACUUUUCCCCGGCCUACCAACAGUACACUCAGCAGUCCACACAGGAGGUCGUCCAGCCCAGCACGAACGGAAAAGUGGUCACAGGCAACAAGAGCUCCCGCAAGUCUGAUAAAAUCAUGCUGAUUACCUCUGAUGAUGAGUUCUAGGCAUUUUUCCAGCAAGAUCCAGGUGUUUGUAUCCUUGCCACCCCCUAUCCUUGACCCCCUGUGGAAACAGCUGCAUUGCAUAUCGAGCAGAGCUGGAUUGAAUCCAGGUGUUUAAUUUUCAUUAUCCCAGUAUUUAAGAUGGACCGCUUGCUUGUGUCCUGUUUUAAUGAAUAAUUUAAGCACCAAGAGGAGGAUGAAAUUAAUUAGAGAUUCUAGAAUUGAUAGCUCAAUGACCAGAGAGCUGAUCUGCCCACAUCUCUGCAGUAACAAUCACAGGAAACAGCGUCACCUGCACUUUAUCAGAGAAGUCUGGAGCUGUGCAUUUCCUGUGAAGCUUCUGGUUGUUUAGCAGUGUCUCUGAUCCUGAUUCUGUUUUUGUCAUUAUGUCAGUGCUCGGUCUCUGGCCGUCUGAAGUGUGUUCCCUCUGACUCUGCCGGUUAUAAAGACGGUAUGAUUAAUAUGACUCCAGGUGGGAAAUAGGGAAGCCAGCAAAGGCCUGGAAUGACACUUCAUGGACCGUCUGCCACAUCUGCUUGUAUGAAGUAUUUGCUGAGCAUUCCUCUGCAUGGUUUCCUGACAAAUGGAAAUAUUCAAACGGACACAUUCGUUUUGGAGCAGGCACUUCAAACUGCACACUCUAGCACUUCGCAAUUCUUUGUAUCUACCAUAGCAUGGACAAAUUGGAUAAACCUGUCUCCUACAAAGUGGGAGUUGUAUUAUUCUCAUUAAUUUUCCCAGCAUGCUAAAGAGUGGAAUUCAUUGCAACUAUCCAGCCGUUCAACAGAUGCUAACAAUCAGUCUAUUUGCAGGUUCUGCACUAUUGUAAAUGAUUUUGGGAGAACCUUUUUAUGUUUGAUGUGUUCUCACUAUUCAUGCUAUAAUUCCAUGUUAUGAAAUAUGUACAGGAUUUGAUUGGUGUAAAUUGUGGUUGUUAAUAUGUACUAUGUUUAGAUUAUGUACUGGGAAGAUCUUAACAUAUUUAAUGUGUGUAGUUCAGGCGUAGUCAGACAAAACUAACAUCUGUGUGGGGAAACAAGUAAGGCAAACACAGCUGUGUGAUUUUAAGAGACUUGGUAGUUUCUUCUCCAAUUUUUUUUUAUUAGAAAUAUUAGUUUCUGUGUUUGUCACAUGGGAGACAUAUACAGUAGCUUUCAAAAUGCAUUAGUUAUUUGAGACCCGUUUUGUAUAUCAGGUCAUACAUUGUUUUAAUUUUGAUACAUUCUUGUGCCAAUGAUAGCUGUCUUUCUGGGAAAGCAGAAAUGAAUUUACAGUUGGGUACAAAACAAUAUUUGAAAAUAAACUAGUGUGUUUCAGUCCUGUGUGGCACUCGUGCAAAAUUAAACAAUUGUUUUUGCUU